UUACAAGAUUCACAACAACGAGCAUACAGAUUUUAAACCAGACGACCCUCCUCGCCAGUCAAUUUUCUUACAGACUUAAGGAACAGACACAUUGGCUACAUUAAUAAACUUCAGAUGGCGCUGUUGAAGCUGUUCCUCGGGGCUCUUCUGCUCCUUCAGCUUGUUCUGCAGCUGCUGGCUGGAGCUGCUGACCCUCAGAGCCUAAACUGUCCUGCUUAUGCUGGAGUUCCUGGUACUCCGGGACACAAUGGUCUGCCUGGCAGAGACGGGAGAGACGGAAGAGAUGGAGCCACUGGACCCAAAGGAGAGAAGGGAGAGCCAGGAGUGAAUGUGCAGGGGCCACCAGGUAAAGCAGGACCACCUGGACCAGCCGGAGCAAAGGGUGAAAGAGGACCAUCAGGCUUACCAGGACAGGACUGCAUGUCUGACUCACUGAAAUCUGAGCUCCAGAAACUCAGUGACAAGAUUGCCCUGAUUGAGAAGGUUGUGAAUUUUAAAACGUUCAAAAAAGUUGGACAGAAAUAUUACGUUACUGAUGACGUCGAGGAGACUUUUGAUAAGGGGAUGCAGUACUGCAGUAGCAAUGGGGGAGCUUUAGUUUUGCCAAGAACUCUUGAAGAAAAUGCAUUACUGAAAGUAUUUGUAUCCAGUGCUUUUAAAAGGCUAUUUAUUAGAAUCACAGACAGAGAAAAAGAGGGAGAGUUUGUAGACACUGAUAGAAAGAAGCUGACGUUUACCAACUGGGGUCCUAAUCAGCCUGAUAACUAUAAGGGAGCACAAGAUUGUGGUGCUAUCGCAGACUCAGGCUUAUGGGAUGAUGUCAGCUGUGAUAGUCUGUAUCCCAUCAUAUGCGAAAUAGAGAUCAAAUAGAAUGUGUACCACACUAUACAGCUUUUUUGCACAAAAUAAUAAAAAGAUGUCAAGUUUUCUAACAUGUUGAACUUUAGAGGAGUUAAGAAAUGAAAAUUUGAUUUCAUAACUCUGAACAUGCAGUUUUUUGAUUAACUGUAUUAAAUGUAAAAAUUUUGCCUAAUAAAAUCCAUUAAAUCCA